AUAGACACAACUUCUAAAACAACGUAAAAUAUUUUAUUUUUUUAAAAAAAGAGAAAGAGAGGAUAUAACACAUAUUUGUAUAAAAGAGAUAUUACGCAAUUUCUUUUUUAUAUGUGGUUUUUCGAGUAUUUUCUAAUUUAUGCAUCUACGCGAUUUUUUUUUUAUUCUAGUGAUCCCGUAACCGAGAAUAAUUCAUUAUUAUGGAAGAAAAAGACAACAACGCAACCCUUUUUAUUUGAAGGAGGGGAGGAAUAUGACAGUGAUACUAGCUCAACGCAACAUCAUAAUAUAUUACGUCGACCUCGUGCAGAAACCAUGCCAACGCAAUCAACGUCAUUUCCUUAUAACACCAAUCACAAUUUGUUAGUCAGCACCGAAGAUAAUAAGAAUAUGCCACUUAUGAUCAACCCAAAUCAUCAUCAGCAGCAGCAUCAUGGAGCGUUUGGAUCUGGUAUAUUUGAUAACGAUAACAAUAACAACAAUUUACCUCCUCAACAACGUCAUCAUCAUCACCAUUGGAUUGGUGAUAUCUUGACAAGUCCAACCACACCUACCACAGAUCAAUUAUUAAAAGGAGAUGAUAAUAAUACAAUCGCAAGUACGUUUGCUUCAUUAGGUCUAAACGACGAUAAUACUCCUACGAGUACUUCUUCAUCUCGCUCUUCUUUUCACCCUCAUCCUCAGCGACAAGUCAUUCAUGCCAGCCACUCUUACUCUUCCCUUCAGACACUUUGUGAAGACCAACAAAAUGACUGGAAUAUGAAUGCAGGUGAAUCUAUUUCUUCUUCUUCCUAUUAUAGGGGGGAAGACCUUCGUUCCUCGGUUGCAAACCUUAGACUUCAGCAACAACAGAGUAGACCUCGUGCUCUCAGUGCAGUUGAACAAGAACAGCAACAGCAACAACAGCAGCAACGAUCGAUUUGGUAUUCGGAUACGAGACAAUUCAAUCGACCUUUUUUGCGUAGCUCCAAUAGUAGUGCUGAUUUAUUAGAGAUGAUUGCGAGACAACGAAAGGCUACAGCUACAGCAACUAACUCUCCUACGAUUCAUAAUGAAGAUAUGCAAUCCAUCGAUGGCAGUGGUGUAUGGACAGGGGAUGCAGGAAGUUUAUCCUCAUCGUCGUAUGAACAUUUGUUAGAUAGCAUGGAGACGGAAAGUGUGAUGUCAACAACGGCAAGAGAUAACCAGAUUCCGUCGCGAUCAUUGUGGAUAGGUCAACUUGAUUUGAACGUGUAUGGAGCCAACGAACUCAACAUGAUUUUUUCUAAAUUUGGUGUGAUUGAAAGUAUUCGAAUCUUGCCAGACCGCGAAUGUGCCUUUAUUAACUUUUCGACGACGGAAGAAUCCUUGCGAGCCAAAGACACCUUGGUGAACAAGAUGUCAAGUCGAUUAUCCAAUCAUCAUCUUGUCAAAGUAGGUUUUGGUAAAUCCGAUACGACUGUCAAUGUCAUGCCAUUACCCGUUCAUGCAACCAGUACCACAACAAAUGAAAAUGUUCAAGGGCCAACAAGAGCUUUGUGGGUUGGAAAUAUUCCAACAAAUACAAGCCAACAAGCAUUAGGCAAUAUAUUUUCUUCAUUUGGUAUGAUUGAAUCUAUUCGGGUAUUAUCCCACAAGAAUUGUGGGUUCAUUAAUUUCUACACGCAAGAAGAAGCCAUGCGAGCCAAGCGAGCUUGUCAGAAUCGAGAAAUCAUGGGUCCAGGUACUGGUACAGUAAGAAUUGGAUUUGCAAAAGUUCCGCCUGCAGUUAAAUUACCUGAUGGCUCAUCCUUGGAUGUCACACAACAACAACAACAACAACAACAACAAACGUCUGAUUCAGAGAGUUCUAAAUUCAGUGUCAACACACCAAUUCCAAGCAACUUUGCAAUGGAAGACCAGCAUAUGAUGAUGUAUAUGAUGGAAGUCAUGUCCACUUCAAACCCUUCCAUGUUCUCUGCUGUUGUAACGGAGCGUAAAUUAAUCAUGCAAGAUUUUGGACAAGAUGAUUCGGAUGGUCCGAUAUUUGACGUGCUUCAUUUACCUACAAGUUAUUAUCAUAGUAUUCCUGCGGCACCGGAAUUAGGUCAGUCGAGAAAAGUAGAUAUUUCACGUUUAAGAGACAUACGAAAGCGAUUGGAUACAGGUCAUAUCACCGUCAAGGAAUUAGAAGUCAUUGCUGUUGAAUGUGUUGAUGAGCUUGUUGAGCUUUGCAGCGAUUAUAUUGGGAAUACGGUCAUCCAAAGAUUGUUUGAAAGAUGCUCGGAAAUGACGAAAUCCAUCAUGCUUGAAGCCGUAGCACCUUAUUUGGCCUCCAUUGGUGUUCACAAGAAUGGCACAUGGGCCGCACAAAAGAUUAUUGACACCGCUAAACUACCUGCACAGAUCGCGAUUGUAUGUGGUCAUAUCAAACCUUACGUGCCUUCCCUUUUAUUAGAUCAAUUUGGCAAUUAUGUGGUGCAAUGUUGUCUAGGUCUAGGUCCUAACCGGAACCAAUUUAUCUUUGACGCCAUUGUCGAUUCAUGCUGGGAGAUUGCACAAGGCCGUUUUGGCGCACGAGCAGUGAGAGCGACCCUGGAAAGUCCUCAUGUGACCAAAAGACAACAGAAAUAUGUAGCUGCUUCGCUUGUGCAACAUGCCUUGCUUUUGGCCACCAACGCAAACGGAGCACUUUUAUUGAUUUGGCUUCUCGAUACGUCUGGUAUUCCAGGUCGUUACCGCGUUUUGGCGCCUCGUUUAUUGCCUCAUUUGGCGCGUCUUUGUACACACAAACUGGCUUCAUUGACCGUACUCAAGUUGAUCAACCAACGUCAAGAACCCGAUGCCAGAUCGUCUAUUUUGGAAGCACUCUUCUUUAGUCCCACCACCACAGUAGUGGAUGAAAUCCUGCAUGACCAGGUACACGGUGUGAGUCUCGUACAAAAGAUUUUGUCAAGUUCUUACAUUGAUUUGCGCGAAAGACAGCGUAUUGCUGAACGCGUAAAACAGUUAUUGUGCAAGCUCAAGUUACAGCAUGUGCAAGGUUAUAAACGGUUGAUGGAGGAGAUUAAUAUGGUGAUGGUAGAUUCUGCUCCUGGAGCCAGUUUGGGUGUACCGCCACCCAACCACCAGUUUUCGAUCAGCCCUAGUUUAGCAGCUGCUUUGCAUGCCAAAUACAUGACGGAAGAAGGGGAUGAACAACAAGCUGCUGCCAUGAUGGCUAACUUUUAUGCUGCUGCUGCCGCUGCUACCACUACCACUACCCAAUUAGAAAAGUAAGCACCCUCUACUUCUUUCAACAUAUAUAUAUAUAUAUGAUACCCAAAUACCCCAGUUACACUCCCUUUUCCUUUGCUAGUUAUUUUUUGUUCUUUCGUUAUAUAUCAUAAUCCCUACACACACACCACUUUUUUUAUAGAGAGAGAAAAAAAGAUAUUUUUCACGUACAUUAUACAAGUUAUUUUUUUUGCUUACACACAUACACACAUACACACACACCCUUCCUUUUUCAUAUAUGAAUAACCCCCACUCACAGACACAAAUCAUGAUUAAAAAAAAGUUUUCUUUUCACAAAAUGACAAAAAGAG